AUGUCGGCAUCGCCAAAUGCAGCGCCAAAUCAGCUGGCCGCUGCACUCACGGCCCUCCCUCCAAAAAUACGAACCUUGAUCGUCUUUAGCGCGCUCGGUCUCAAAGCUGGUGUUGUCGCAUUAAAAGAUACCAUACUCGCCAAAGUCUGUGCCUCGGUCUUGUCCAAUAUAGGGCUGUAUGGAUACUACAUUCCUGCCGAUACAAUCUUCAUUCUCGUUCACAUGUAUCUCUUUUUCUUCGGGCAAACGUCGUGGCGAACGACUGCCCUCACCCUCCGACGGUUCGCCAGCCGCGAUGAUGCUGACGAUGACCUUACUACGAAGCUCUUUGUCGAAGCGUCUGAAUUGUCAUUUUACGUUUUGCUGUCGUUUGUGUUCCGCAAUGUAGGAGCUAUCUGGAGCUUCGCUUGUUGGAGCUUUUCCGUCUUGUCGCAAAUCUUGGCCUUCAUAUGCGUGCCCGGAAUCAUGUGGAUGAUCAUGGUCGAUAACCCCGUACAAAAUUUCAACAGCGAAGUGACCAGAAUCUGGAAUUUUACCUGGCCCAAAAUCUUGACUGGUCUUGGGAUGGCUGGAGGACUUGUUGCCACCGCGGUGCGACAUUGUCUUCGAUUCCUCGUGAAAAUCAGUGCAUCUCUGGUUUCUUACACGGAUGGGAAGACGGCGGCACGUGUCACAACGCUCAAGACGUACACUUAUUCCGCUCUUGCUCCGGGAGAAAUUCGCCUGCUGAGGCUUUCCAAGUCGACGCCGUGGAGCCCCGUUCAGUGCAAACUGGUCCACGUGCGUUUAGACGAGGCGGUAGAGUUUGAAACGAUUUCGUACACUUGGGGCAGUCGACAAACCCGGAAAGGACUCAUCGUUGAUGGAGCUAGACUGGACGUCUCUGACAGAGUCUAUGACAUCGUGCACGACAGAGCCUCGUUUCUCAUGACGAGGCAUAUAUGGGUAGACUCGAUUUGUAUUAACCAACAAGACAAUGAGGAAAAAAGCUCCCAGGUUCAGUUGAUGAGAAAGAUAUAUGGAUCUUCAUACCACACUGUGAUAUGGCUUGGUCAUGGGUCCGACGCCAACGACGCCGUGUGGUUUCUCUCCCAUCUCCGUCGCCGCAUAGACUCUGACGAGACCACCAGACGACAAGCCAUGUCGCUCAUGGAAUUGAACAUUGAGAGCCCCGGAUGGACUGCGCUCACUCGGCUUGUCAAUCAUGACUAUUGGGCUAGGUGCUGGGUGAUUCAGGAGAUUGCCGUGUCGAAAAAGGUGAUUAUAUCGUACGGAGGGGAACUCAUCACCUGGGACUACUUUUCAUCCUUGAUGACGACCCUCUUCACCGGCGACCCGAACCAUGUAUGGCACAUAUCGAAAAUCUACUGGAGGACCCUCGAUCCGCUUCCCAUGGAUGCCGGAGUACAGAUUGCGUCUCUUGGCCGUCUCCGCGAAAUCAUUCAGGCCAACCACUCCACACAGCUCUUUGAUCUCCUGAUCUCCAGUAUCAACUCGACUGCUACAGAUGCGCGAGACAAUAUAUUUGCGGUGCAAGGAAUCAGCGCGGCUGCGGACACUGGCGACAUCAUGCCCGAUUACAACUCGGCAAUCGAGCGCCCGUUCUUGAGGACGGCCGAAUAUUUACUAUCAAAAGAGCACCCCUCUCGCAUUCUUCAUCUAGCAGGCGUUGGCUUCCAUCGCAAUCACAAUCUGCAACUAUCUUGGGUCCCGGACUGGAGCAGCAAGAGAUUGGCGGGAAUGCUAUGGCGCCAUCCCAACUCGAGUUCGUACCGUGCGUCAGGUGUUGUUGACGAAGAACUGAAGAUGAUGCUGGGCGAUGACGGGCUUACCCUCAUCACCGAGGGUGUCCAAGUGGACUGCAUCAAGGAGUUGGGCCCUCAAUUUUUCGGCGUAUCUGAGAAUGGGGUGGUCAAGACGGAAAAGUUUCCAGGGAGCUUCAAGAACCUCGCCGAUAGUCGAGAGGUAGCCUUGAACGGAUCGCUCAGCGCGCCCUAUGUGACUGGUAUUUCUCUUACCGAAGCAUUUUGGAGGACACUUGUUGGCGAUAGAACACCAAGCGGCACGCGGCCCGCGGACCCCAUCUUCGCCACGUACUUUCAAGCCGUGGAAGGAUUCAUCAAGACGCUGCGCAAGUGCGGACCAGACAUGAACCCAUUGAACCCGAGCCUCAGUGCUGAGGAACAAGAGAGGCUCGGCAGUGACAUCACAUACUACGCCCUGGACAGUGGUAGAUUCGCAAACGUUGCAGGGCCGCACACACGAGAGCGCAUGUUUGCCACCACAGAGCGAGGAUACAUGGGGAUGAUACCGCCGUACUCCAGAGUUGGUGAUGCGGUUUUCAUCAUUCCCGGCGCGCAGGUGCCCUUUCUGCUGCGGCGUCAACGGACUGCGGACAAUGGCGUGAGCGACUUGGAAGGCGGAAAGUGGCAGCUCGUCGGUGAGAGUUACUUUCAUGGCAUGAUGGACGGAGAAAUGGUACCAGAAGGACGCGUGGUACAGACGAUGGAAAUAUACUAG